GCCCAAAUGGCAAACGAAAAAUGAGAAAUCAAACGAGAAGGGUCUGUCUGCAGCCAGACGCUAUUGAAUCAAACCGAAAUUGAAAUUUUCGGUUGGCGAACUUAACGAAAAACAAGUUGUUUAUCCAUUUCUCGUUUUCCGUUUCAAAUAAAAAAUAUCUUGGACGCGCAUGUGUUUGCUUGCGUUUCAUGUAGCGGAAGAACAUUCGCGUCGUGUUUAAUGUGGAUGAAUACAGCCAUACACUUUCUACUGCUCUCUUAAAAUGUCUUUUUCUACACCUCCAGUCGAAAAACACGAUGAGAAGAACCCGACUGGAAGACGCAGUCCUGAUGGGACUCGACCAAACAUGUCCGUGAGGAGGAUGGUUCUGGUAGGAAAGACUGGAGCUGGUAAAAGCUCUUCAGGAAACACAGUUCUGGGCAGAAGAGUCUUCAGAGCGGCUAAAGGUGCUUCAUCUGUCACUAAAGAGUGCUGGAAGGAGACGGGCGAGGUGAAAGAAAAAAAAAUAAAACUAGUGGAAAAACCAGGUCUGUUAGACACAAAAAAAUCAGAGAAAAAACUCAAAAAAGAGAUCAGUAAAUGUGUGAACAUGACGGCACCUGGACCUCACGCCAUCGUUCUGGUCAUUCAGCCGGGUCCAUUCACAGAGGAGGAGAGAAGGUCUGUGGAGAAGAUCAGAGCAAUCUUUGGAGAAGAAGCAGAUAAACACACGAUCAUCCUCUUCACUCACGGUGAUGAACUGACAGACAGCAUCGAGCAGACGCUGAGUGAAGCGCGACAUGAUUUAAGACACGUCAUAGAUCAAUGUGGAGGAGGAUAUCAUGUGUUUGACAACACAAACAUCAAUGAUCGCAGUCAGGUGGUUGAGCUUCUGGAGAAAGUUGAUAAGAUGUUGCUCGUGAAUGGAGACGAGUAUUACACCAGCGCCAUGUUUCACGGUGUUGAAGAGAUGCUUCGGGUCAAAGAGGAAGAGUUAAAGAAACACUACAGUCAGAUUAUACUGGACUUAACAGAGACGUUUAAUGAAGAGAAGAGAGAACUGCAGGACACCAUUGAAAAACUCAAACGAUCAGGGCAGGAAAAGGAUGUGAAAAUGAAACGGUUGGAGGUUUUAAUGAAGGAGAAAAUCUUGGCCGAGUCUAAGCGGCAUUAUGAGCAGAAACACAAGACUGCAAGACAGGAAGCAGAAGAGACGCAAAUGAAAGAAAACAUCCCAGAACAAAUCACUAAACUACGAAAGCUUCGUGUCUGACAUAUUUUACACUUCUCUUUGACUAAAAUUAACAACAUGUGAAGGAAUAUGCUUCUCUCUACAAAAUGUGCAGUAUAUUCUAAUCCAGACAUUUCAUUAUAGCAAUGUUUACUAAUUAUAAUUAUACAUUUAUUUAUACUCAGCAAAAAAUGUCAUUUGGUUUGACUCAAGCUUGGGCAGUGUGUUAUGCAUCCGAUCUGUUUAUAAUAUGCUCAGGUAUUUGCAGUGGUGUAGUCUAGUUUUUCAUAGUGAGUAUACUCUGAUUCCCCCAGUCCACUCACCCGUCCCAGAUCAACAACCCAUGAGCUCCACCACACUCACCAAUGCAGAGUAUGCCUCUAUAUGUCAUCAAGAGCAUUCUGAAAGAUGUCAAUAACCAAUGACAGCUGGGGGGACUUGCUGGUUUUGUUAAUCUCUGUCUUACUCAGCCAGUUAAGAGGUACAUUUAGCUUUAGAUGGUAUAUGUAUAACAUACCUAAAGCACAGGUUUUAUCAGCUGGCAAUUUUCAAUGCACAUUUGUGAUCCAUGUGAAAACCCAUAGUCAUUUAUUUGUGAUAUACUAUUUCUACAUUAACCCACCCUGCUAAAAAAUAGUAUGCAAUUCUUAGCAUUUCAUAAUUACUUAUGGUUUUAAUAUUUUGUAGCACCUAACCUCACCCUAAACCUAACCCUAACCACUUCUCAGCCAUAUAAAACACACCACGCGAAUAAAAGUACAGUCACGGGUAUUUAUUACACAAACUGACCAAAAGCAUUACAAAAUAUAACAAAACAACUCGUUUCGAAGACCUUUUUGCACCAGAGCCGUACAAUAACUUUACAUGAAGAUGCCGUACAUGUCUGUGAAUGAAUGAGGUCGGCACCCGUUUAAAGAUAACCCGGAACAGCUACAUGCAGUCGGUUGCGGGAGCCAAUACCGUUUCACGUUCAAAGUAGUGGUGGGCGGAUCGAUCCUGAAGUAUCGAUACUUCCGAUACUGAGGUUGUAUCGAAGAGGAUCGAUCCUAACAUAAAAAUAUCGAUACUAAUGUGUUUUUAGUUUUUACUACUGAUUUUAUUUAUUUACUUAUGUAGCUAAUACUUGUAUAAUGAAGAAAAACUAUUUCCCAUACACCUUGGCUGCGUUCAGCCCCAACAAAACGUUUUUUAAACGGAAACGGUGGUGCGGUUGAACACUCUGUUGUGAUGACGCAAGAGUUGAACUAUGGCAGAUGAGAAGGCCAUUCUUUGUGUUCUUUUUGAAGAAUCUUCAGAGCCUGAUGAAAUCGCUAUAAAUACGUGUCGAAUACUGCAAAAUACAUCUCUUCUAAUAUCUUCAAUUGUUCCGUAUACCGAGCUGCAGCGGACACAUUUAAACGACUUUACUUAGACCCAUUGUGCGAGCUGUCUCUUUAAUAUCGCGUGGGUUAUAUACAUGUUGCUGAUGAAUGGGCCGACAUUCUUGACACGCCCACCAAACAAGAGAAAACGCAUCUCAAACCCUGUUGCAUAUGGAAGGCCAUUAAGGCAAAAACGUGUGGAACUAUGGAAGGCUGUUUUAUCAAAAAUGUCUUUAGACGUAACGUGUACAGACGAUAUAACGCGUGGACGCGUUUUUGCGCCUAAAGACGUAAUUUCGUCUACAGACGUAUUGGUUUUAGCCAAUGGAAAGUCACAAAACGGAAAGAUUUGCAUAAAAUUGAUUAAGCAUAUAGUCGUGACGUCAUCAUUAGCGUAACCACGUGUCAUUCAUGAAUUAUACAUAUAAACGUGAUGCUCCCUCAUGCGUGGCACUGCAUAUGGUCCUAGUAAUGAAUACGUCAGCGUAUACGUGAUUUUACGACAGGGGAGAAGAGGGCAUUUCAAAAUACAAGCGGUAUAGACAGACCAUCGAAAGCAUGGCUUUGCGAAAUUUUCUUAACAACUGCCGACGCGUUUUUCAAGAAUGUGUGCAUUUGUAAAAUUAUAUGUA